AUGAAGCGCCUACUGUUGAAAACAUUGGCUUCUGCCGCCUUGCCUUUGCUGGUCCAUACAUUCCGUGUCCCUGCAGCCAUCCCUCAAGCUGCUGCUCCUCCUCCUCCUCAGCUGCUUCCCCGGCAGGACGAUUCCAGUACCGGGAGCUGCUCAGGCAACACCGCCUCUGAUCGUAGCGUCUGGUGCGACUACGACCUCUCGACCAACUACUACGACGAAGUCCCCGACACAGGUGUAACUCGCGAGUAUUGGUUCGACAUCACCAACUCUACCCUCGCGCCCAACGGCGUGGACCGCAUCGUGUUGUCCGUCAAUGGCAGUGUUCCCGGCCCGACCAUUAUUGCCGACUGGGGCGAUGAAGUCGUCGUGCACGUAACCAACUCACUCUCUAUCAAUGGCAGUACGAUCCACUGGCACGGUGUGAGACAGAAUUGGACCAACGAUCAGGAUGGUGUGCCCAGCAUCACGCAAUGUCCCACGAUUCCGGGUGACACUACGACGUAUCGCUGGAGAGCGACGCAGUAUGGUAGUUCGUACGUAUCGAAUUCAACACCUUGGAUACGCACGCGGAGCGGAUUAAUGCUAACACCUUGUGCUCGCAGAUGGUACCACUCGCACUAUUCUCUCCAGGCCUGGGAUGGCGUCUUCGGCGGCAUUCUCAUCAACGGCCCUGCGGCUGGAAACUACGACGUCGACCUUGGAGUCCUGUUCCUGAACGAUUGGGAUGCCCAGACCGCAUCAGCGAAGUAUUCCUACGCCCAAACGGAAGGGCCUCCGACGCUGGACACGGGCUUGAUCAACGGCACGAACACGAACAACAGUCUAGGCAGUAGAUGGGAGACGAGCGUCGAGAGUGGAUCCAGUUACCUGUUGAGAGUGGUCAACGGAGCUGUUGAUACGCAUUUUGAUUUCAUGGUUGAUAAUCACACGCUUACUGUCAUUGCGAUGGAUUUUGUGAGUAAUUCCUGCACAUCACAUCACAUGAAACGAAGGACUGCUGCUGACUGUCCAAUUCAUUGGUAGGUUCCGAUCACACCUUACACCGCAGAGACGAUCAGCAUUGGCAUGGGUCAACGAUACGAUGUCAUUCUCACGGCGAAUCAGAGUUCGGUGGCUUCGGACUUCUGGCUUCGUGCGAUUCCGGAUGACUUCUGCAGUGACAAUUACAAUGGAGAUGAUAUCAAGGGCAUCAUCCACUAUGGCACCAGCACGGGUACAGCAACUCCGUAUCCUUCGCCUCUUCCGGAAUCAAAGCUAACAUCAAUCUCCUUCCAGGCACACCCACCACCAGCGCCCCCGACUACGACGCGAAAUCAUGCUACGGCGAACCCGCCGCCUCCCUCGUCCCCUACCUCUCCCAGACGGCCUCCUCUUCGGGCUCGCUAUCCUCCGACCUCGCAGUCACCAUAGGCCUCAACUCCGCCAAUCUCUUCAAAUGGUACAUCGGCGGCACCACCUUCGCCGUCGACAUGGCCGACCCCUCCGCCCUCCAGAUCAUCGAAGACAACGCCACGGUUUCCUGGUCCACCUCUUCCGGAGUCAUCAGCCUGCCCACGGCAGACGAAUGGGCCAUCGUCAUCAUCGAGACCACCACCGCCGUCCCGCACCCCAUCCACCUGCACGGCCACGACUUCUUCCAACUCGCCCAGGGCACCGGCACGUACGCCUCCGCCGCUCCGACGCUGAACGUCGACAACCCUCCCCGGAGAGAUGUGACGAUUCUCCCGGCAUCCGGGUACGUGGUGAUAGCUUUCCAGGCCGACAACCCGGGCGUGUGGCUCUGCCAUUGUCAUAUCGGAUGGCAUACGGAAGAAGGCUUCGCGUUGCAAUUCGUGGAACGGGAGAGUGAGAUCGCGGGGUUGUAUAAUUCGACGGAUCUGGAGAGUGGGUGUGCGGCUUGGACGUCUUUCUCGGAGGCGGAUUCGAUCGAGGAUGAUGGGAGUGGUGUCUAA